AUGCCCCAACAAGUCAAAGACAUCAAAAAGUUCCUCGAGAUCGCUCGAAGAAAGGACGCUACUCUCGCCCGAAUCAAGAAGACCUCCAUCAAACCUCCUACCGGUGCCGCCCUCAAGACCAAGGCCGCCAAGAAAGCUCCUACCCACGUAACGAAAUUCAAGAUCAGAUGUUCUAGAUACCUUUACACUUUGGUUUUGGACGAUGCUGAGAAGGCCGAGAAAUUGAAGCAAUCUCUUCCCCCUGGAUUGAAAGUUGAGGACAUCACCAACAAAGCCCCCAAGAAGAAAUAA